AUGACAUCAUCCAAAAUCAAUCCGUGGAGUGUAGGCAAAGUGGCAUCUGCGGGGAAUCGAACUGGUACGGAUUUCCAUGAUGAGAGACUACGAGAUUCCCUCACAAUGCCAAGGUUAUUCUGUCGGAUCGUAGAGUUGGAACUUGCCCCCCAUGGCAGUGCGUGUGGCAGGACCUCUGCAAACAGGCGGCUUCUGAGGUAUCGUCGCUCAAACCGCAAACGAUUUCUCAUCUUGCCCAGCUUUGCUUCGGCAUCAGCCAUCGGCUUCGCAGCCAGCUACCGUACUGCACAGCCCCAAGCCCCACCGGUACUUCAAAAUCGGCUCAGGUUCCGCGGAUAA